GGACCGCGCUCCAGCGCGCCUUCCUCGCGGCGCAGCUCCUCGCGCACCUCGCCGCCGCGGGGACAGUCGCGGCGGAGAAGCCCGGGGCCGCGCGCGCCCACCCGACGCACCUGCGCCUCUUCUGGCUCGCCACCGCGCUGCUCGCCGCGCUCUUCUCCGGCUCCGCGGCCGCGCGCUUCGUCGCAGGUCAGCCCGUCCUCCCCGACGACCCCAUCGCGUUCGCCGGGCUCGUGCUCUCGCUCCCUCUGCUCUACUUCGCGGUCGACGGCUCCAGCGGCCUCGGUGAAUCAGCGGCGGCCACUAGCGAGGAGGAACCAAGCGGUGCCUCUGAGGCGGCGACUUCCUACGCCACGGCGUCGUGGCUCUCGCUGGCGACCUUCAGCUGGAUCACCCCGCUCAUCACCAAGGGCUACAGAGCGACUCUCGGCGCCGAAGACGUCCCGCCGGUGGCGCCCUCCGAUACCGCCGAGGCCGCGUACGCUCUGUUCGUCUCCAACUGGCCGGCGCCCCCCGCGCCAGGGUCCAAGGCCGGGCACCCGGUGAUCACCGCGCGCGCGACCUCAUCGUCGUCGUCGGCUCGGAGAUCUCGCCUUCCCACCGGCAGCAGCCAUGGACGCUGUCGACUCCGUGGUGGACCCCCUCCGCGAGUUUGCCAAGGACAGCGUCCGCCUCGUCAAGCGCUGCCACAAGCCCGACCGCAAGGAGUUCACCAAGGUGGCGGCGCGGACGGUGAUCGGGUUCUUCGUCAUGGGGUUCGUCAGCUUCUUCGUCAAGCUCAUCUUCAUCCCCAUCAACAACAUCAUCGUCGGCUCCGGCUAG